AUGAGUCGUUGUCCAUUUUUACAUCAGUUGGAAUCAGAUUCUCCCAGAAGCAAUGACCAAAGAUGUGCAGGUGUUAAUCAACAAAAACGAACACGUGAUAAAGUAGCAGAAGAAGGGAAUGAAGUUUCUUCUGAUGAUCCUGGAAAUUCCUCUAUUCUUGGAUUUGUUACAACAGAAAGUGAUUUUCUCACAUUAAAAAAGGAACCCACACAUUAUUCCUCAUAUCUUGGUAUUGAUGUCCUUACCCAGCUGCAAGAUGGUGUUUCAAGUGGUAAACCAGGUGGAAGAGGAUUAGUACACCAUGAAGAACUUACUUUUAUUAUAACACAUCAAGUAUUUGAACUUUGGUUUAAAUUGAUGAUUGAAGAUCUACGUCUCUCUCGUGAUUGUCUGAAAAACAUUUCUUUAUCAGACUUAACGAAAACACCACGACUUAUGCAAAAAGCAAUUCGUUAUAUUAACCGUGCUGAAGCUAUAUUUCAUCAUUGUACAGGUGCAUUUGGUAUUUUGGAAACCAUGCAUCCUUCUGAGUUUCUUGAAUUUCGUGAUUAUCUUGUACCUGCUUCUGGAUUUCAGUCUGUUGCCUUUCGUCUUCUUGAGCAACUUCUUGGUGUUCCUAAUUCCACACGCUGCCUUGUGAAUGAUGCCUCUGUCUUUUCCUAUCUUCAUGAUGAGGAGCAGCAGCUUCUGGAGCGUGAGGCGCGUGAGCCGAGUUUAUCCUCGCUUGUGAUUGACCUCUAUGCGAGUGUGGAGGUCCCCGAUGACUUUGUGGAGGUCUAUCUGCGCACCACCCGCAGUGUGCACGAGGAGCAGCAGUACGGCAUUGCGAAGGCGCGGCGGGGGGAUGUGAAGAGCGAGCGGCUCGUUGAGACGGCGGUGGUGAACAUGAAGUCGAUGCUCGAGGACCCCGCGGCGUGGACGGACGGCGUUCUCCUGCCGGACGACGAGGCCCGCGCGAAAUACACCCGCGCCGUGCGGGGCGCCCUCUUCGUGAUGUCGUACCGCAACGACGACGCCUGCGCGAACGCGGCGGCCCUCUUGGAUGCCCUCGUGGCGCUGGAGGAGGGAAUGCUGCUCUGGCGCGGCCGGCACACACACAUGGCGGAGCGGAUGAUCGGCCGGCGCGGCGGGACCGGCGGGACGACCAGCGGCGUGGAGUAUUUGGACCAGACGCGGCGGUACAGGAUCUUCCAUCUCGUCUGGCUCGUGCGGAAGAUGCUCAUCCGCCCCUCCGCCCUCCCACCACUCUCCAGCUACACGAAGGAGAAGUCCGAAGAGGCGGAAUAG